GGUCCCUCGGCCGCGUAUCAUUUGCCUAAGUGGUUACGAAUUGAAAGUGGACGUCAUCGUAAUGACGUUUCGCGGAAUUGACGGGGCGAAAUUGGUAGAAAAUGGAAUUAAAAGCCGCCGAUAAAAUCAACGCGACGUACAAACGAGUUAGAUAUUAUCGCGAAUCGACAUCUUCGUUUCUUUGUUAGUUCUGGCUCGCUUUGCUCAGUUUUCCACGAGCGUCGAACAAGUUGAAGAAGUUAUAUACGGAAUAUUCGUGACGAGUGUCGAAGAAGUUUAACGUCGGCGUAAUAAGAUGAGGCUUAAGUGUCACGGUACCCGCGGAUGGUACAAGAAAAAGCUAAAGAAUAGUCAAUUGAAUAUCGCACAAGGUGUAAAGCGAUUCUUUCGUGAUUAUUGCCAGAACACAGGGUUGCACGGUUUUCGAUACAUCGUUACAGGCGAGACAACAUGUCAUAAAAUGGUUUGGCUCAUGAUCUGCUUGGCAGCGAUCAUCUUCUGCGUAUGGCUGAUGUUACGUUUGUGGCAAUAUUAUUCGAACAACCCUACGGUGACGAUAAUAGACACGUCGAACCCCAUAAGGGACUUACAUUUUCCAGGUAUCACGAUAUGCAACAACAACAAAGUUUAUAAACCUCAUGCUGAUAAAAUCGCGCAAAAAUUGCUGAAUUAUGGAUUCGAUAGUGACAUGAGCAACAAAUUGUUCUCUUCGCUGAUGAAACUGAUACGACCGGACAAAAUUGAGAUCGAUAACGCAACCGCGUCCUGGGCCCUCGACAUCCUCGGUUACACGGUCGAGAGACUUAUGCUCGAGUUGAUGCAUCCUUGUAACUUGUUGCUAGUGAGAUGCGGCUGGUUGGGACAACUUUACGACUGUAGUAAAAUUUUCAAAACCGUCAGAUCGAACGAAGGCUUCUGUUGCGGCUUCAAUUAUCAUUUUGUCGGCGAUUACAAUGACGAAUAUGCUUGGUUAAUGAACAUCACGAUGGACUCCGAAGAACUAGACGUAUUAACUUCGAAUAAUUCUUUCCCGGGUGUUGACAACAUACUGCACGUGCCUGGAACAGGAAGUGAUAUUGGCUUGGCGGUGGCGUUGAACAUCGACGCUGACAAUUACAAAAGUUCGGUGAGGCAAUUUGUAGGUGCCACGGUUUUGAUCCACGAUCCGUUAGAUUACCCUGAUAUCGGUGCACAAUCCGCCUCUCUGCAACCGGGCCACGUAAUGUCGAUGACGCUGACCGGCACGAAAUUAGAAAGCUCCAAGGAUAUUCAGAAUAUACCUCUGUCUAAAAGGAUGUGCUUGUUCGAUGGCGAGACAACCGGAGAACGAAGAUAUAGUUAUCAAACGUGCAUUUCGGAAUGCAUACAACAGCAAAUUUAUGGUUCCUGCGGAUGUUUACCCUUUUUCUUUCCAGACCAGCAUCCGAACGUUCGUACUUGUUAUUUGACUGACGUGGAUUGCAUCUUGUCCCGUAGAAGAAGUUUAUCGGUGAUACAUUCGUCGCAUAUAAACGAUUGCAGUUGCCUUCCGCAGUGUAACGAUAAGAGUUACGAAGUGGUCUCUGAAUCGAUACAAAUGAACGACGUAGGAUACGAUUCCGAAUUGGCACGUGGCUUAGACGUCCAGAGUACUUCGUUUCUGUACGCGUAUUUUCGAGAUGGCACGUACCUCGAGUACCGGAAGCAAACUAUCUUAGGAUGGGACAGCCUUCUCGCUUCCUUCGGAGGAAUCUUCGGACUCUGCCUCGGUGGUUCGGUGAUAAGUUUAGUGGAGUUCGUGUAUUAUUUACUUGUAGACAUCUUUUCGUUUCUUAAAGAGAGAACAGAACGACAGGAUCAAGAUCUACCACCUGCCUCCAAAUUAUUCGUUUCUGUGCCCGCAAACAUGAAGUUGAAGAAAUAUAGUACGUCGAAUUUGAACAAACGCAUCUACCUUGCGUGGGAUCAACAGCUUUCUCAACGAAUUCGGAAAAACUCCGAAUUCACGCGCAAUAUGUAUCACGAAUAACGUACGAUAUCGUGUUUAAUUGCAUAUUAUCGAACGUGCGUAGAAUUUCUGCCAACUAAUUUCCAAUUGAUUUCCACUGUCUAAUAAAGUUUGACGUUUAAGAAGAACUUAAUUUAACGAUAUUUAAUUAUCAUCUAACGUAAUCUAUCAGAUAAAUGGCAAAAAGAAGAUCAGCUGAAUGAACAAGAAACGCCAAUACUGUAAUUAACUGUAUUUGAAAUUAUAGAAAUUUAGAUCGCAUUAAUUAAAAUCCUAAUUAUUACUAUUUGAAUAUUCCUUAAACCUUGUUAAAAGCUAUCCACCCAAGCGAAUAUUAUUUUUCUUGUCGUUUCACGCUGCAAUUAUUAAACAACGUUUCGACGAUUACAAACUCCAACAAAUAUUCGUCUUUUACGAAUCACCGCUGUUUGUACAUUGAAAUUCACCCACCUGGGGGGUGACUUUAUUUCUGUCUCUCGAUGACGCAGGUGGUCGGUACAGGAAAAAUUUGAAGGCGUUUUCCGCGAUACGAAGGAAAUGGUAGCGAAAGAAAAUUAUGCCGGAAUAAAACUGGGGGCCAGCUUGGAAAACGAGGCAAAUUAGAAUCGCAUCCAACUUCAAGAACCGACUUGAAUUGAACGCUGAUGAAACGUCGACUUCACCCACGUUUAAUCGCGAUUAAACCAACCUUUCUCUUUCUCUUCUUAAGAAGAAAAGAAUGGUAUUUGAGGGAAAGUUCUGUUAACGCCAGUUCUUUGUAUUUUAGGCUCGUGUAAAACAGCGGUGAUUUCAAGACGAUAGCGUUCUUACAGAAUUAAAGCGACGCUAAAUCUCCUCAAGCUUAAUGUUAAAUUGACAAUGAAGUUUUAUAAUCAUAGGAUACCUUUUACGUUACGUAAAUCUUUAUUUUCUCUACGCUCAUAUACGGCUUCCUCGUUGCUAUUCAUAGGAAAAUGUAAGGGCUAAGCAUCGUUAAACGGAGAAAGUUUGCCUGAACAAGGAAAACCUUCUCCUUUGUCUAAAACCAUAAUGAACAUAGGCGCUUUAAUAAGUUACAAUGACUUGUAUAAUAUAUCUUCUUGAAUAUUCAUUUGUAUUUAAUAUUUGUAUAACAAGCUGGCAAAUAGUGAUUAAGUAGAAUUUUCCAGCCCUACAGGUGGCAAUUCUAAUGAUAAUUUCAUCGAUUUAAUUAAUAAUUCUCUAUAAUAUCGUUAUUGUGAUGUUAUAACGAAACGAGAUUGUUUAGCAAAAGAA